AUGUCGCAGAAGCGGAAGUUGCUCCCAAGCUAUGCUUGCUGUUUCGAUGGCCAUCAUGACAACUUCCGCCUGCGUUUCUGCAAAGGUGUCGUAGCUGACUUCCUUGAAACACAGGAGCUUUGCUUGCAUAACUUUUCAUGUUCCGAGUCCCAAGAGAAGUUUUGGAAUGAGAACAAUCUGGUGCCGGUCCUGGUCUUUGGCUGCCGAACUUUACGGGUUUGCGGUGCCGCCGCAAUGCGCGUGAAACGACACAAAAAUCAUCGACGCAUCCUGCGCUUCUUCCGCCUGACAUUUGGCAUCCAGGAGCCGUAUCACGUUUUGGUCGACGGCACCUUCCUCACCCACGCCCUGCAGCAGCGGAUACAUGUCAAGGAGCAAUUGCCCAAGAUGCUGGAAGGUCGCACAACCCCGAUGACCACAGGCUGCAUUCUGGCGGAGCUGCGGUCUUUGGGAGACCGUGCCCUUGGGGCGGCGGUCAUAGCAAAGGGGUACUACCGCGUGAAGUGUGGGCAUGACGAGCACCCGAUUGGUGCCUCCAAGUGCAUCCUCGAGCAGAUUGGUCGGACCAACGAUAGGAGGUUCUUCGUUGCAACACAAGACCCGGAGCUUCGUCAAGAGUUGCGGAGCAUCCCCGGUGUCCCCUUGAUGAGGCUCAAUGGCCCUGUGCCUCAGUUGGAGGAGCCUUCCGACUCCACGCGACGCCUGGCAAGAGAGGGCGAAGAGAAGAAGCGCGAGCCCUCUGCGUGGGAGAAGCCAAAGCUUCCAGAGCUGAAGGCCAAAGAAGUUCUGAGAGAAGCCCUGACCUCAAAGCCCAGGGCAAAGAGGAAGCAGAAAGGAGCGUGUGGUGUUGCAAGCUCUUGGAUGGCUUCACCCGGACUCGUGGUAGGAGUGAACCCACUCGCCUGCAAGAAAUCCAUGAAGACGAAAGCAGGUGCAGUGCCAUCAAAGCCACCGAAGCACAUCCCCGCGGAGCCAAAAGCAAAGCGUGUGCGCUCGCGGCGGAUGGGUAACCGGAGCCGCGUGGAGGUAGAGGCAGUGCUCGCCGCGUCCAAGGCAACGCCAGCUCAAGGGACGGCAGAUGCAGCUGCGAUGAAGAGAAAGCGCGGGCGCCGCUGA